AUGUCACUUGUUAUGAGGAAGUCCCCUAUAGAAUAUUUUAAUGCGGCCAAAUGGAUCAUCAGAAGAGAGUGCCGUUACUUGUCAAAUUUACCAGAAGUAGCUGAAAAUUCUGAAGUAGUUGAAGACAAGCCUCCGAAAGGGCGGAAACCAAGAUUUCUCAAUCCAACCUUACAGUAUAGACAUGUUUAUCCUGAAUUUUUGCCUGAUCCAAAUCCAAAAUUCCGUAAUAGUCUUAGAGAGAAGUUGGAGAGAGCUGAUAUGCUUAAAAGACGGAGCCAGGUUGACAUACCUGAGUUUUAUGUAGGUACUAUAUUAGCUGUAACCAUAGCAGAUCCUCAUGCUCAAGGUAAAACAAACAAAUUUGUUGGUAUCUGUAUUGAGCGUAAAGGUUGUGGACUGAGAGCUGAAUUCACUCUGAGAAAUGUUAUUGACCAUCAGGGAAUUGAGGUGCGAUAUGAACUCUAUGAUCCCACAAUACAAAACAUCCAAGUUCUAAGGCUGGAGAAGAGAUUAGAUGAUAAGUUGUUCUACUUGCGAGAUGCUCUACCUGAGUAUUGCACCUUCCCAAUUGAUAUGGACCCUGAAAUACUUCCUGAGGGUAGUCCGGUACCUGUUAAUACUGUUCAGGUAAAAUUGAAACCGAGGCCAUGGCUUGAGAGAUGGGAACGACAAGAACUUAAAGGUGUUUCAAAUAUUGAGGAGCAUUUGAAGGAAAAGGACAGGGUUAGAAGAGAGUUGAGAAAAACACCUUGGGAGAAGUUUGAUUUGAUGAAAGAUUACAGGAAAACUAUCCCUAUUGAAGACCAAACAGAGAUUUGGGGUGAAGUCUAUAACCAACUUCAACAAAUGCGAGUAUCGCGUAAGAAAAUGUCAAAACAACGAACAUUUACUGCUCCGAAAACGCAAUUGGGAUAG